AUGUCCGGCAGCGAUGUCGAACACGUUUUUUGCUUGCCUAACAGCAGACCGCAUCAAUUCCGCCGCCAAUCCUCGUCAAGCUCGAACGGAGCAUAUUAUGACUCCCCUCUUGAAAGGCCAUUAAAUACACCCCCAACCGUCGGAGCGUCUUCUUCUUUGACUCGCGAGCCUUUGGUCGAUACUUAUCCUACUCACUCGGCUGCGGUAGCCUCUCAAACAAGCUGUGGCCCCGCCUCCGUUUCCUCAAAGGUUCAAUUCGAAAACCACAACCAGAAAGAUCGAGCAUCGCCGGACCCAGACGAAUUCUAUCGCCCGCACCCCCCCGUCGUGGUUGAGGGAAGUGAAAGGGCAUUGAAUUCAAGUGAUACCUCGAUGAUUGGAGAGGGUGGUCCCGCCACGGAAAAUCGAUCUACUUACGCGCAGCGUGCGCUUUCAUUGACGGCGAAAACUGGGGAGCUACCGCGUGGAAGUAUCGCGCAAAAUCGUUCAGUGUCGGAUUCAUAUUAUAGGGGCCGUGGGUCAAAUCACGUCAAAGGAGCAGGAGCCCCAACCUUGGCCGCGAGACCAAGACAGACAUCGUUCAAGGAUCUGGUGAAUAAAUUCAAUCAGAACGUUGACCAAGUGCUCCCACUUCCAACGACAUCAGCGUCUACCUCGAAGUCACACUCAAGAGCUCCGAGCCCGAUCGGUCUCGUCGACAGCGUAGUGAGAUCCAGGACACCGUCCCAAUUGCGAGAAUUGCGUGACCUCCCAAAAGCAAGGAGAGAGCCGCCAUCCCGGUGGAAGUCAAUCGAUCGUUGCCAGGAAGAUUUCUUGUCGAGUUCAUUUCAGGCAGGCGUGGUCAACAACAGUGCCUUGGAAACUCUGGAGGCAUCGUUACCUCGGCGUCCGUUCGGUGGAUUGCUCACAGUUGAUACAGGGGUUCCAAGAUCAGGACUGGGAAUUCCGGCACAUUUGCGACGUCGAGGUUCUGAGGGAAGCAUUCCUAGCCCGAAUCCUGCACUCCUUGACAAUCCGGACCGUUCAGCUGGGUUAUCGCCUCUGACGCCAACCGCAUGGUAUCUGGGGCGGACGCCAUUUCUUGAAGCUGUGAGCACUGGCGAGGGCAGCAGUAGUCAUCGAAGAACGAGAAGUGAUCUGUCUGGAGUUUUGCCUGUUGGUGUUGUGGCACAGUCGCCUGAGUCCCACAUGGCGGUGCUGAGCCCCUUGCAUCCAGGGCUGGGAGGGUCUCUAGAGAGCUCACAUUCCAAGUCCCGCAUACCUAUAUCGUCCACUCGUCUCCAUACUGCUUCCGUUGCGGAGGACUGUUCCCAACUGAAAAUCGACCCACUUUCUAGCAACCGCUUCGACGUGCAAGUUCCGCUGCCACCCAAAGGCAUUAGCCGACUCCCCAAACCGUCCCCCAAAUCCCCUCCUGCUGUCGCAGAUGAUGAGCGUACACCCAUCGGGAUGACAUCGCCUCGAAGGCGAGAAAUGACUUACGGCCGAGGUUCUCGUCGAGGAACGGAGAGGAACACCCUCCUUGAAGCAUACAUAGCCUCUCCUCCUCCCAAGAAAUCACCUCCGCUGCGCAGUUCGAGACCUCGGCAGCCUGUUUCGCAAACAAAUUCCACCACGCCGCGAUCUCGAGUUGUGGAAACAGUGUCCAAUUUUCAGAGACAGCUAAACCGCGAGCGGGAUUUGCGGACCGCGCGGACGCGCGGACGUCGACUUCCAGAGCUGGGCAACGUCGACUUCGCGACCCGACGGCAGAGAAUCCAGCAGGCAUUCAAUCGCACAGUGCAAGAGAAUGAAAGAAAAGAGGAAGAAGCAGCGCAGCUUCGACUUCGUGCCAAAGCCCAAGAGAGCCAGCGGGCUCAUGAUGAGCCGACCGGUUCAGAGCAGAACUCCCAAGGGGACACCGGAAUCGACCGUUCCCUGCCAUCCGACCGUAACUCUGCCGUGAAUGAGAUCUCAACCGGGACCGAUAAUGAAGAAGAACAUUUGACAGCGGAUGACGGGGAUUCACGGGGACCACCCCGGCUGCAGAUUGACACCAAUGUCGCUGCUCACGACACAGCAGCAAAAGACCCCAACGCCCAUCCAAUGACAAUGGACUCCCCGACGUUGGGUCUUCCGGAUAUAAGUGCUGGAGAGCAUGCGGUCCGCAUCUCUUCCCCGGGAGCCGCCGACGGCCAGUCUACUUGCGCCGAAACACCAGUGUCGGUCGAAACUAAUAUCACUGCCCUUGACCCGGAGCCGCAAGCUAGUUUAAGUCGACAGAGCCUCCAUGCCUCUCACCGAACAUUACUGAGUCAAAUAAUGCAGAUCCGGGAAUCGAGUCCUGACACCUCGUCUUGUGAUGAAGCGGAUUACAGUUUUUCUGAUACUGAGGAUAGGGUAUCAGUUCCAGUACUGCUGAGUGAUGCCCCAUGCUCUGAAGAAUCGGUUGCCUCCAGCGAUUGUCAAAUACACCCUGAUGCUUUCGUGCAUUCGGACCAAGUUGGUCAUGCAAUUUUGAACAGGUGGAGUAUAGGUUCCUGGUCAUCUUCCCUUCACAACCAACAGUCCACGGACGACCAUUGUGACGGCAGCGACGAUGACCUCUCCCAGGUACAAGAGGUUGCACAGGACGGCGAAGUCGCUACCCAGUCCUGUUCCGCUUCGUCAAGUAAUGCCCCCUCUGUCACUGGUCAUCAACCCACAGCAUACGUCUCAGCCAAUAGGGAACCUGUCACCGAACAAAAACCCGAGCUCGUUUCUGAAAGAAGCGCUUAUAUGCAUCCUAGCGCUCCCAACCUUGCGAGACUUGGUGGAUGGGAUUCGAAAAGGGUAUCUAGGCUAUAUAUUGAGGAGCUGGCUCGUGGCAGAGGCCAUAGUCUUCCGAUGCCUGCAAUCCGCGCGUCUCCUGAGCCUCGGCUUGAGAGGCGCACGGAUGGAAGAACAGAUAGCUUGACUGAUGACCCGGUUGUGAUAUCCAAGGCCGAUGGUAUCCCUCCUUCGGAACAAAUUGGGCAUACGGCAAGCCUGAUAUUUCGAGAUGAUUGGGAACAUGCUUCUCCAUCUAUUGCAGACUGGAUGCAAGCGGCCGUUACUGAUGGAAGGGGCCCCCAAGAGCAAGAUAGCAAUGGUAUUUCUGCGGGAGAUAGUAUAUCAACUCCACGAUUGGACACAUCAGCUACAGAUCGGACUGGGCACGAACAGGGCCGAGACACUGUGGGUCUCGCUAUCAGAGUCCAACCACCGCAAGAGCUCAAAUCAGGGGAGAUUCAACAGACUUCGCUCCCCAGCUCUGAUCCUGUCACCCAUUCGGUCACCAACGAGGCGAUCAAUCAGUCGCAACAAAAGCCAGAGGCUGCACUGAGUAUCCAGUCGAUACAAACAUCCUCUCGCUUCGCGCCGUCGCUGACUUUCGCACCCUUGGGCCAAGUUGAAAGUGCUGGAAGCAGCGAAGACUCCUCUCUUCGGAGGCUUCAACCUACACCCUCUUCCCACACUCUUGACUCAUCAGCGACAUCCCUGGUUCCUUCCACUACCGACCAGAUCCGAGUCGAUAUUCGCAAAUGCUCUCCAUCCCCGGAGCAAAAACGCCUAAAGAAACGGAAGCAUGUCAUCAAAGAACUGGUUGAUACUGAGUACAGUUUUGGAAGGGACAUGAAGGUCGUUGACGAUAUCUACAAAGGGACUUCGAGUUCAUGCUUGGAUCUGUCACCCGAAGAUGUCAAAAUCCUAUUCGGUAACUCAGAUCAGAUUGUGCAGUUUUCAAUGAGCUUCCAGGAUGCGCUUAAAGAGGCAGCAAGAAGCGUUUAUGUUAUGCCGAAAUCUCAGCGAUGGAGCAGUAAACGCAGCGCUCGUAACAAUCAUACCAACGCAUCCAGGACAGACUCAGAUGCUGCGAGUGGCGCAGGUGAAGUCUCUGAUGCAGAGAAAGACAGAUUAACCUUUAUUGGCCAGGUUUUCCUGGCUCAUAUUGCUCCCAUGGAAAAAGUGUACGCCGAUUAUUUGAAGAACCACGAUGCCGCCAACAAGAAACUUCAAGUACUGCAACGAAACCCGAAAGUAGCCAUUUGGCUGAAAGAAUGUCGGGAAUGGGCUUCAGAUCUCACCACUGCUUGGGACCUAGACUCGCUACUUGUGAAGCCGGUGCAACGAAUAUUAAAGUACCCCUUACUCCUAAGCGAGAUUCUGGAUUCAACCCCGAGCGACCACCCGGACCGUCCAUAUCUGGUAAAUGCUCUAGAAGAGGUCACUAACAUCUCGGUCCGUAUCAAUGAAAUGAAGAAACGAGCAGAGUUGGUCGGUCAGGUAGUUGGCCGCAAGAGGAAAGAAUCAGAUGUUAGAACCGGGCUGUCAAAGGCGUUUGGUCGUCGCACUGAGAAAUUGAGGCAACAAGUUGGCCUUUCCGAUUUGUUCGAAGACAAGCAGUACGAUGCCCUAUCGCAACGAUUUGGGGAUAGCUUCUUCCAGCUACAAGUUGUGAUGCGUGAUGUGGAGAUGUACACACGGGAGGUCCAGAGCUCGUUAGAUCGAUUUAGCGAGUUUGUCGCCGCGAUUGAAGGAUUCGUCGAUGUGGCUCAGUCGGGCUACUUGGACGUGGAGAGCAGGUGGCGUGACCUGAAGAUGGCAGUGCGUGAAAUAAUGGCCACAGCUCUGCCUGAACAUCUCGCCGUUGUCCGGAAAAGCGUCAUUGACCCGAUGGUUACGCUGCUCAAACUUUACGACGGGCCCCAGAGAGUGAUGAAGAAACGGGACAAGCGGCUCUUGGACCAUGCCCGAUUCAAAUCCAUCAAGGACCGUGGUGACAAGCCCGACAAGAAAACAACAGAGCAAAGCGAACAAUUCGUAGCUCUCAACGAGACCCUCAAGGACGAAUUGCCCAAGCUCUACUCUCUGACUGCUAAGAUGAUGGAGGCAUGCCUGAAAAACUUUGUGCACAUACAGACUACGUGGUUCAAUAUCCUCCAAAGAAGAUUAGCGGAUCUCAUCGAUCCAUUUCCCGACGAUAUCCAGCAGAUCAUCGGUGACUGGUCUGCAAACUUCACUCUGGCGGAGGCGCAGGUUUUGUCGCUUGGCAUGUGCAACGGAUCGCUGCUCGCUGAUACUAUCAAUCUUGUCAACUUCAACACGCCUUCGACUGCACCUACCAUCAGUUCGCCUCGACGGCCGUCAACUGUGAACAGCACUAGCACUCGCAUAGGGUCUACCAUGGGUGAAUCACCUAAAGUCUCCCACGACUUCGGUAACGGCAGCAACAUCUUCCAGUCUCCAAGCCUCGACGCUCAAUCCCUGAGGUCGUACGGCCGCCAUCGAGCCGAUUCAGCUAUCUCUGGUCGUGCUGCGCCAGAAAGCUCUGAAAUCCCACGGAGUCAGAUCCUGCAGCAGAUCACAAACUCCUCAUCUGCGUCCGUGGCCCCACAGCCCAAGCCAGAGUCCUUUCCCAGCCUGCCGAGGUUAAGUCUUGACUCGCCAUUCCUCGUCGACAUUAUGGCCACUUCAUCAAACGACCAGGUCUCUGAGAAUCCACCAACCUCUCCUGGGGGUCGUUAUUCGGGCUUUUUCUCGUCCGCUAUGCCCAUGUCGGACAAUCCGCAGGACGACGCACCUGUGGAGGACACCGCGCCCAAGGAGCCGACGGUACUCUUCCUCGCUGCAAGCAUCUAUGAGUUCAAUAUCGAUCGGGCGCGGCGUGAAGCCGGCUAUCCUUAUCUCACUUACGUCGCCGGAGAGAUUUUUGAUGUCAUCGCUGAAAAGGGUGAGCUCUGGCUUGCCAUAAACCAGGACGAUGCAACCCACCAGGUCGGUUGGAUCUGGAACAAACACUUUGCGAAGCUCUCCAGUUAG